AUGGUUGAGAAAAUGAUGCUUUUAGAAAUGGCAUGUCUUGUUUUGUGCCUUUGCAUGUUUGUAAAUGGCACACACCAUAUUGAAGGCAGUGAGGCAGAUGCUCUAUUGAAGUGGAAAGCAAGCCUUGACAACCAAAACAAGACUCUGCUCGCUUCGUGGACUGGUAAUAACCCAUGUCGUUGGGAAGGAAUUGAAUGUCAUCAUGACUCUAAAUCCAUCUCUAAGGUAAAUCUCACCAAUAUUGGACUAAAAGGUACGCUUCACACUCUCAAUUUCUCAUCACUUCAAAAACUCCAUGGUUUAGUUUUAAAAAACAACUUGUUCUAUGGUGUUGUUCCACACCUUAUUGGGGUAAUGUCCAACCUAGACACUCUUGAUUUUUCACAAAACAAUUUCCAUGGUAGUAUUCCCAACACUGUUGGUAAUCUCUCCAGACUCUCCUUUCUUGAUUUCAGUUCCAAUAAUCUCACUGACACAAUUCCAAGUGAGAUAACCCAUUUGGUUGGUCUUUAUACACUUUCAAUGAGUCACAAUUCUUUUCUUAGUGGUUAUCUUCCUCGAGAAAUCGGUAGACUGAGGAAUUUGACACUGCUUGAUAUUUCUUUUUGCAAUCUCAUAGGGACUAUUCCAAUCUCGAUAGAAAAGAUAACCAACAUGUCACACCUUGACUUUGCAAAAAACAGCCUUUCUGGAAACAUUCCUCAUGGGAUUUGGAAAAUGGACUUAAAGUAUUUGUCACUUCAAAAUAAUAACUUCAAUGAUUCCAUCUCACAAAAUAUUUUCAAGUCACGGAACCUAGAGUUUCUUCAUCUUCAAGAAAGUGGCCUUUACGGUUUCAUGCCUAAGGAGUUUGGGAUGUUGGGUAACUUAAUAGAUCUUGAUAUUAGUCACUGCAAUCUCACAGGGUCUAUCUCUAUUUCUAUAGGAAAAUUGACCAAUAUAUCAAGUCUCUUGUUAAAUAACAACCAACUUUUUGGCCAAAUUCCUCGUGAAAUUGGAAAUUUGGCUAAGCUCAAGAAUCUUUUUCUUGAACAUAAUAGUCUUUCUGGCUCUAUUCCUCGUGAAAUAGGGUUUCUAAAACAACUUGACCUUCUUGAUUUGUCUACGAAUGUUCUCUCUGGCACAAUCCCUUCAUCAAUUGGAAACUUGAGCAAUUUACAAUUUCUGUACCUUUAUGCAAACCAUAUCAUUGGAAGCAUUCCUAGUGAAAUUGGAAACCUCAAUUCCCUCACCACAAUACAAGUGGACGGAAACGGUCUUUCUGGACCAAUCCCAUCUUCCAUUGGUAACUUGGUCAAUUUGGAUAGUAUUUAUCUUCCAGAAAAUAAACUUUCUGGACCAAUUCCUUCCACCAUCGGAAAUUUAACAAAACUAACUAUAUUAUCUCUUUUCUCAAAUGCUCUCACUGGGAAUAUUCCAACCGAAAUGAAUAGGGUCACUGAUUUGACAAGCCUUCAAUUAUCUAAGAAUAAUUUCAUUGGUCAUUUACCUCACAAUAUUUGUGCUGGUGGAAAGUUAACACAGUUCACUGCUGCAGCUAACAAAUUCACAGGUUUGGUUCCAAAGAGUUUGAAGAAUUGCUCAAGUUUAAAGAGAGUGAGACUUGAACAAAACCAACUGACCGGAAAUAUAUCAGAUAGCUUUGGUGUAUAUCCAAAUCUGGACUACAUAGAAUUGAGUGAUAAUAAAUUUUAUGGUAAUCUUUCUCCAAAUUGGGGAGAAUGCAAGAAUCUCACAAGCCUUAAAAUCUCUAACAAUAAUUUAACAGGAACCAUACCACCAGAAUUGGGUGAUGCAGUUAAUUUAGGUGAACUUAACUUGUCUUCAAACCAUCUUACUGGAAAAAUUCCAAAGGAGCUAGGGAACUUAUCUUUUUUGUACAAACUCUCGAUAAGUAACAAUCAUCUUUCGGGAGAAGUUCCUGUACAAAUUGCAUCAUUGCGUGAACUAACUUCCUUGGAGCUUGCAACAAAUAAUUUAAGUGGCUUCAUCCCUGAAAAACUUGGAAGGUUGUCAGCAUUAUUGCAGUUGAAUUUGAGUCACAAUAAAUUUGAAGGAAACAUUCCUGAUGAUUUUGGCCAAUUGAAAGUUAUUGAACAACUUGAUCUAAGCAAGAAUUUUUUAAAUGGAACCAUACCAUCGAUGCUGGGACAAUUAAAUUCUUUAGAAACAUUGAAUCUCUCACACAAUAAUCUUUCUGGUACCAUUCCCUUGAGCUAUGGUGACAUGUUAAGCUUGACAAAUGUUGAUAUAUCAUACAAUCAAUUGGAGGGUCCAGUUCCAAACAUUCCAGCCUUCCAAAAUGCCUCAUUUAACCAACUCAGAAAUAACAAAGGCUUGUGUGGUAAUGUCUCUGGCCUUAAGCCUUGCUCAACAUCAGGUGGAAACUAUCAUAGUCAUAAGAAUAACAGAGUCUUGGUGCUUGUUUUACCCCUAACUCUAGGCACAUUAUUGUCAGCAUCAUUUGUUUUUUGGAUCUCAUAUCAUCUAUAUCAAAUUUCAAGAAAAAAAGAUUUAAAGGCUCCUGAAGAAUCAGACAAUGUAAAUCUUUUUUCUAUAUGGAGUUUUGAUGGGAAAAUGGUGUAUGAGAAUAUUAUUGAAGCCACAGAAGAGUUUGACAACAAGCAUCUCAUUGGAGUUGGAGGGCAUGGAAGUGUUUACAGAGCUGAAUUGCCCACAGGUCAAGUUGUUGCUGUGAAAAAAAUCCAUUCAUUACAAAAUGAAGAAAUGUCCAAUCUGAAAGCUUUUGAGAGUGAGAUUCGUGCUUUGACAGAGAUUCGACAUCGGAACAUUGUGAAGUUAUAUGGGUUUUGUUCACAUUCACUACACUCAUUUUUGGUUUAUGAAUUCUUGGAAAAGGGUAGCAUGGACAACAUUUUGAAGGAGAAUGAAACAUCUGGUGAAUUUGAUUGGAAGAGGAGGGUGAAUGUCAUUAAAGAUGUUGCAAAUGCUUUAUCUUAUAUGCAUCAUGAUUGCACACCUCCCAUUGUUCAUCGUGAUAUAUCCAGCAAGAAUGUUAUUUUGAAUUUGGAAUAUGUCGCUCAUGUUUCGGACUUCGGAACAUCUAAGUUUCUAAAUCCCAAUUCAUCCAAUAUGACUUCUUUUGCAGGAACGUUUGGAUAUGCAGCUCCAGAGCUAGCAUACACAAUGGAAGUAAAUGAAAAAUGUGAUGUGUAUAGUUUUGGAAUAUUAACUUUAGAGAUACUUUUUGGGAAGCAUCCGGGAGAUAUUGUAACUUGUUUGUGGCAACAAUCUUCAGAAAGUGUUAUGGACCUCACACUUGAUACUUUUCCAUGGAUGGAGAAGUUGGACCAGCGUCUCCCAUAUCCCAUAAACAAUGUUCAAAAGGACGUGAGUUUGAUGAUAAGGAUAGCAAUUUCAUGUUUAACCGAAAGUCCAAGAUCUCGCCCUACCAUGGAGCAGGUCUGCAAAAAGCUUGUAAUGUAA